GUCUGAGCCGAAGGCGUGUUUUUUCUUUAAUCAACCAAUAGGAAACGGUAAACUUCGCCCUGGCUCCGCCCCCUGCCCCGCCCCGCCGCCUUCAGGCGUUUAAGCGUCAAUCAAAAUCAUGGCGGGCUGGUGGUCUCACCAAUCACAGGCAGCUCCCGGCAUGUGGGGCGGGUCUUAUCGGGAAUCAGCCAAUCAGAAUAAAUAAUGGGCGGAGCCUCGCUCUCGCGUGCGCAGGCGAGUUUCCGCCUAACCCGGAAGUUCUGCUGGGGAAGCUUCCGGUGCAGCGGAGGAGCCGGCGCGGCUUCAUCAGGGCCCGUUCCCGUUCCCGCUUCCGCUCCCGGCCCCGUUCGGGGCCCCGCUCCCGGUGCAGCCAUGGCGGACGUGACCGCCCGUAGCCUGCAGUAUGAGUACAAGGCGAACUCCAACCUGGUGCUCCAAGCCGACCGCUCGCUGAUCGACCGCACGCGCCGGGACGAGCCCACGGGGGAGGUUCUGUCCCUGGUGGGGAAACUCGAGGGCACCCGCAUGGGGGACAAGGCCCAGAGGACCAAACCCCAAAUGCAGGAGGAGAGGAGAGCCAAGAGGAGGAAGAGGGACGAGGACAGGCAUGACAUCAAUAAGAUGAAAGGCUACACUCUGCUCUCCGAGGGCAUUGAUGAGAUGGUGGGCAUCAUCUACAAGCCCAAGACCAAGGAGACACGAGAGACCUACGAGGUUCUCCUCAGCUUCAUCCAGGCUGCCCUGGGAGACCAGCCCCGGGACAUCCUGUGUGGAGCAGCUGACGAGGUUCUGGCCGUGCUGAAGAACGAGAAGCUGCGGGACAAGGAGCGGCGCAAGGAGGUGGAGCUGCUGCUGGGCCCCACCGACGACACGCGCUACCACGUGCUGGUCAACCUGGGCAAGAAGAUCACCGACUAUGGUGGGGACAAGGACAUCCAGAACAUGGAUGACAACAUCGACGAGACCUACGGGGUCAACGUGCAGUUCGAGUCCGACGAGGAGGAGGGGGACGAGGACAUCUACGGGGAGGUUCGGGACGAGGCGUCGGACGAUGACCUGGAGGGGGACGAGGCCGUGGUGCGCUGCACGCUCUCGGCCAACCUGGUGGCCUCGGGGGAGCUGAUGAGCUCCAAGAAGAAGGAUCUCCACCCCCGGGACAUCGAUGCCUUCUGGCUGCAGCGCCAGCUCAGCCGCUUCUACGACGACGCCAUCGUCUCCCAGAAAAAGGCAGACGAGGUCCUGGAGAUCCUCAAGACUGCCAGCGAUGACCGGGAAUGUGAGAAUCAGCUGGUGCUGCUGCUGGGCUUCAACACCUUCGACUUCAUCAAGGUCCUCAGGCAGCACAGGAUGAUGAUCCUGUACUGUACCCUGCUGGCCAGCGCGCAGAGCGAGGCGGAGAAGGAGCGCAUCAUGGGCAAGAUGGAGGCCGACCCCGAGCUCUCCAAAUUCCUCUACCAGCUCCACGAGACAGAAAAAGAGGAUCUGAUCCGGGAGGAACGCUCCCGGCGGGAACGCGUGCGCCAGUCCCGCAUGGACACCGACCUGGAAUCCAUGGACCUGGACCAGGGAGGAGAGGCUCUGGCUCCCAGGCAGGUGCUGGAUUUGGAGGAUCUGGUGUUUGCCCAAGGCAGUCACUUCAUGGCCAACAAGAGAUGCCAGCUCCCGGACGGAUCCUUCCGGAGACAACGCAAGGGAUACGAGGAAGUUCAUGUUCCUGCCCUAAAACCCAAACCCUUUGGGGCUGACGAGCAAUUGGUUUCUGUGGAAAAACUUCCCAAAUAUGCCCAGGCUGGCUUUGAGGGCUUCAAAACCCUCAACAGGAUCCAGAGCAAACUGUUCCGGGCAGCGCUGGAGUCCGAUGAGAACCUGCUGCUCUGUGCCCCCACGGGCGCGGGGAAGACCAACGUGGCGCUGAUGUGCAUGCUGAGGGAGAUCGGCAAACACAUCAACAUGGACGGCACCAUCAACGUGGACGACUUCAAGAUCAUCUACAUCGCACCCAUGAGGUCCCUGGUGCAGGAGAUGGUCGGGAGCUUCAGCAAGCGUUUGGCCACCUACGGGAUCACGGUGGCCGAGCUGACCGGGGACCACCAGCUGUGCAAGGAGGAGAUCAGCGCCACGCAGAUCAUCGUGUGCACGCCCGAGAAGUGGGACAUCAUCACCCGCAAGGGCGGCGAGCGCACCUACACCCAGCUGGUGCGGCUGGUCAUCCUGGAUGAGAUCCAUCUCCUCCACGACGACCGUGGGCCCGUGCUGGAGUCGCUGGUGGCCAGGGCCAUCCGCAACAUCGAGAUGACGCAGGAGGACGUGCGGCUGGUGGGGCUCAGCGCCACGCUGCCCAACUACGAGGACGUGGCCACCUUCCUGCGCGUGGACCCGGCCAAGGGCUUGUUCUACUUCGACAACAGCUUCCGGCCCGUGCCCCUGGAGCAGACCUACGUGGGCAUCACGGAGAAGAAAGCCAUCAAACGCUUCCAGAUCAUGAACGAGAUCGUCUACGAGAAGAUCAUGGAGCACGCCGGCAAGAACCAGGUGCUGGUGUUCGUGCACUCGCGGAAGGAGACCGGGAAGACGGCGCGGGCCAUCCGGGACAUGUGCCUGGAGAAGGACACGCUGGGGCUCUUCCUCAGGGAGGGCUCGGCCUCCACCGAGGUGCUGCGGACAGAGGCCGAGCAGUGCAAGAACCUGGAGCUGAAGGAUCUCCUCCCCUACGGCUUCGCCAUCCACCACGCCGGGAUGACGCGCGUCGACCGCACCUUGGUGGAGGAUCUCUUCGCCGACAAACACAUCCAGGUGCUGGUGUCCACGGCCACGCUGGCCUGGGGUGUGAACCUGCCGGCGCACACGGUGAUCAUCAAAGGCACGCAGGUGUACAGCCCGGAGAAAGGGCGCUGGACAGAGCUGGGAGCACUGGACAUCCUCCAGAUGCUGGGCCGUGCCGGGAGGCCUCAGUACGACACGAAAGGAGAAGGAAUUCUCAUCACUUCCCAUGGAGAGCUCCAGUAUUACCUGUCCCUGCUCAACCAGCAGCUGCCCAUCGAGAGCCAGAUGGUGGCCAAGCUCCCGGACAUGCUCAACGCCGAGGCCGUGCUCGGGAAUGUCCAGAAUGCCAAGGAUGCAGUGAACUGGCUGGGCUACACCUACCUGUACAUCCGGAUGCUGCGGUCGCCGACCCUUUACGGCAUCUCCCACGAUGACCUGAAGGCGGAUCCGCUCCUGGAGCAGCGGCGCCUCGACCUCGUCCACACCGCGGCCCUGAUGCUCGACAAGAACAACCUGGUCAAGUACGACAAGAAAACCGGGAAUUUCCAGGUGACGGAGCUGGGCCGCAUCGCCAGCCAUUAUUACAUCACCAACGAGACGGUGCAGACGUACAACCAGCUGCUGAAACCCACCCUGAGCGAGAUCGAGCUCUUCCGCGUCUUCUCCCUGUCCUCGGAGUUCCGCAACAUCACCGUGCGCGAGGAGGAGAAGCUGGAGCUGCAGAAGCUUCUGGAACGAGUCCCGAUCCCAGUGAAGGAGAGUAUUGAGGAGCCCAGUGCCAAGAUCAACGUCCUGCUCCAGGCCUUCAUCUCACAGCUGAAGCUGGAGGGGUUCGCCCUCAUGGCCGACAUGGUCUACGUCACCCAGUCGGCCGGGAGGCUGAUGAGAGCCAUCUUUGAGAUCGUCCUGAACCGCGGCUGGGCCCAGCUCACCGACAAGACCCUCAACCUCUGCAAGAUGAUCGACAAGCGCAUGUGGCAGUCCAUGUGUCCCCUGCGCCAGUUCAAGAAGCUGCCCGAGGAGGUGGUGAAGAAGAUCGAGAAGAAGAAUUUCCCCUUCGAGCGCCUCUACGACCUCAACCACAACGAGAUCGGAGAGCUGAUCCGGAUGCCGAAAAUGGGGAAAACCAUCCAUAAAUACGUGCACCUGUUCCCGAAGCUGGAGCUGUCCGUGCACCUGCAGCCCAUCACGCGCUCCACGCUCAAGGUGGAGCUCACCAUCGCGCCCGACUUCCAGUGGGACGAGAAGGUUCACGGCUCUUCCGAGGCCUUCUGGAUCCUGGUGGAGGAUGUGGACAGCGAGGUGAUCCUGCACCACGAAUAUUUCCUGCUCAAGGCCAAAUAUGCCCAGGAUGAGCACCUGGUGACAUUUUUUGUGCCCGUCUUCGAGCCCCUGCCCCCCCAGUAUUUCAUCAGGGUGGUGUCCGACCGCUGGCUCUCCUGUGAGACCCAGCUCCCCGUUUCUUUCCGGCACCUGAUCCUUCCGGAAAAAUACCCGCCGCCCACGGAGCUGCUGGACCUGCAGCCGCUGCCGGUGUCGGCGCUGCGGAACAGCGCCUUCGAGAGCCUCUACCAGGACAAGUUCCCCUUCUUCAACCCCAUCCAGACUCAAGUGUUCAACACGGUGUACAACAGCGACGACAACGUCUUCGUGGGCGCGCCCACGGGCAGCGGCAAAACCAUCUGCGCCGAGUUCGCCAUCCUCCGCAUGCUCCUGCAGAACUCCGAGGGACGCUGCGUCUACAUCACCCCCAUGGAGGCCCUGGCCGAGCAGGUUUUCAUGGAUUGGUACGAGAAAUUCCAGGAGCGCCUCAACAAGAAGGUGGUGCUGCUCACGGGGGAGACCAGCACGGACCUGAAGCUGCUGGGAAAAGGGAACAUCAUCAUCAGCACCCCGGAAAAGUGGGAUAUCCUCUCCCGCCGCUGGAAGCAGCGCAAGAAUGUCCAGAACGUCAACCUGUUCAUCGUGGAUGAAGUGCACCUGAUCGGGGGCGAGAACGGGCCCGUGCUGGAGGUGAUCUGCUCGCGCAUGCGCUACAUCUCGUCGCAGAUCGAGCGGCCGAUCCGCAUCGUGGCGCUGAGCUCGUCGCUGUCCAACGCCAAGGACGUGGCACACUGGCUGGGCUGCAGCGCCACCGCCACCUUCAACUUCCACCCCAACGUGCGCCCCGUGCCCCUGGAGCUGCACAUCCAGGGUUUCAACAUCAGCCACACGCAGACGCGGCUGCUGUCCAUGGCCAAGCCCGUGUACCACGCCGUGAUGAAGCACUCGCCCAAAAAACCCGUCCUGGUCUUCGUCCCCUCCCGCAAACAGACCCGGCUCACGGCCAUCAACAUCCUGACCACCUGCGCCUCCGACGUCCAGCGCCACAGGUUCCUGCACUGUGCUGAGAAGGACCUGGUGCCCUACCUGGAGAAGCUGAGCGACCCCACGCUGAAGGAGACGCUGGUGAACGGGGUCGGGUACCUGCACGAGGGGCUCACGGCCAUGGAGCGGCGCGUGGUGGAGCAGCUCUUCAGCUCCGGAGCCGUGCAGGUGAUGGUGGCCUCACGCAGCCUCUGCUGGGGCAUGAACAUCUCGGCCCACCUGGUGAUCAUCAUGGACACGCAGUACUACAACGGCAAGAUCCACGCGUACGUGGAUUACCCCAUCUACGACGUGCUGCAGAUGGUCGGCCACGCCAACCGCCCGCUGCAGGACGACGAGGGGCGCUGCGUCAUCAUGUGCCAGGGCUCCAAGAAGGAUUUCUUCAAGAAGUUCCUGUACGAGCCUCUGCCGGUGGAGUCUCACCUGGACCACUGCAUGCACGACCACUUCAACGCUGAGAUUGUCACCAAGACCAUCGAGAACAAGCAGGACGCCGUGGACUACCUGACCUGGACCUUCCUGUACCGCAGGAUGACCCAGAACCCCAACUACUACAACCUGCAAGGCGUGUCCCACCGGCACCUGUCGGAUCACCUGUCGGAGCUGGUGGAGCAGACCCUCAGUGACCUGGAGCAGUCCAAGUGCAUCAGCAUCGAGGACGAGAUGGACGUGGCCCCCCUCAACCUGGGCAUGAUCGCCGCCUACUACUACAUCAACUACACCACCAUAGAACUGUUCAGCAUGUCCCUCAAUGCCAAGACCAAGGUGCGGGGGCUGCUGGAGAUCAUCUCCAACGCCGCCGAGUACGAGAACAUCCCCAUCCGGCACCACGAGGACAACCUGCUGCGCCAGCUGUCCCAGAAGGUGCCCCACAAACUGACCAACCCCAAAUUCAACGACCCCCACGUCAAGACCAACCUGCUGCUCCAGGCCCACCUGUCCCGAAUGCAGCUGAGUGCGGAGCUGCAGUCGGACACCGAGGAGAUCCUCAGCAAGGCCAUCCGGCUGAUCCAGGCCUGCGUGGAUGUGCUGUCCAGCAAUGGGUGGCUCAGCCCGGCGCUGGCGGCCAUGGAGCUGGCCCAGAUGGUCACUCAGGCCAUGUGGUCCAAGGACUCGUACCUGAAGCAGCUGCCCCACUUCACCUCCGAGCACAUCAAACGCUGCACGGACAAGGGCGUGGAGAGCGUGUUUGACAUCAUGGAGAUGGAGGACGAGGAGCGCACGGCGCUGCUGCAGCUGCCCGAGGCGCAGAUCGCCGACGUGGCACGCUUCUGCAACCGCUACCCCAACAUCGAGCUGUCCUACGAGGUGGGGGACAGGGACAGCAUCCGCAGUGGUGGCCCCGUGGUGGUGCUGGUGCAGCUGGAGCGUGAGGAGGAGGUCACCGGGCCGGUCAUCGCCCCCCUGUUCCCACAGAAGCGUGAGGAGGGCUGGUGGGUGGUGAUCGGUGACUCCAAGUCCAACAGCCUCAUCUCCAUCAAACGCCUGACGCUGCAGCAGAAAGCCAAGGUGAAGCUGGACUUUGUGGCACCAGCAGCGGGCACGCAGCACUACACGCUGUUCUUCAUGAGCGACGCCUACAUGGGCUGCGACCAGGAGUACAAAUUCAGCGUGGACGUCAAGGAGGCCGAGAGCGACUCCGACUCUGACUGAGCCCCAAACGUCCCUCGGGAUCCUAAAAAUCCACCAGGAUCCCAAAUGGCCCAGAGAAAACCCUCAGAAUUCCAAAAUAUCCCAGUGAACCCCAAAAAUAUCCCAACAACAAUCCCAUAAAAGCCCCCAGAUCCCCCUCCUGCAUUCCCGUUGGUUUUUAGGGUUUGGAUGUUUUGUACAGAGAUUUUUUUUUUAGGUUGGAAUAAACUUCGGGAUGCGA